AUGGCUGCUGCUCGACUUUCUCCUGCAGCGAGUGUAUUGAGAAAUUCAAGGCUUUUCUCAAUUCCACCUACUCUCAAUCCUCCAACCUCUCUUACCUCUGAUAGUGCGACUCAACCUUAUCCAGCACAUGCUGCAAUAGAAACACCACCGAGCUCUUGGGACCGAGGAGACUGGGGAUUCAAGCGAUCAUUACCCCUGAAGUCAACCACAAGGACAGGAACCACCACAAUUCGCGUUCGGAAGGGCAUCGACUCCGCCGAACACAUCACCGAUUUCGAGUCUGCUGGCGAUCAUGUGCUCACCCUGCGGAAAUGGAAAGAGCUCCACUUGCCUUUGCGAUUUACCAAGAAACGCACUCGAGACGAGAACACAAGCGUGUUUGAAGCCAGAGUGGAUAACAUCAGCUCAUCUACAUCAUCUACCCAUCGGAGAUGGCGAUAUGAUGGUCCUUGGUUGGCGGGACAGCCUGGUUGGGAGUUUGACGCGCUCUUGAAGAGGGUAAGAGCCCGCAAAGUGGAGUUUCAGGAAUUCGUUCGGGCACGACUGAACGCAGAGAGAACUAUAUCUCGCCGGCAAGAAGCCAUAGAUGCUGGUCAAGAUCUGAACAAAGAGCGAGUGGGAAUAAGUGAUGAAGAAUUUGACGAGCAUGUGCGCUAUCUACGGGCAACGCCGUCCGCCUUUGGUCCACUCAUUGCAGAGUUUUUAGAUCUGCCAGAAGGUCCGAAGGGCACCGAAGGAGCGGCUUCACCCAAGGAUGGCUUCUCGUACGGCAGGACAACGGUCGCAGCAGAGACGUACAGUGAGGCUGGUCCACCAAGAACACAUCCAUCUGCUGGUUUAUCAUACUACAGAUCUGGUGCACAUCUUCCCAAUCACCCAACUUACGGUCCCCAGCAAUUCAAUGCACCCGUUGUCGCUCGCGUACUGAAACCCAGCAUCAGAAGACGGAUGGGUGAUGUCGGUGUCGCUGGUUUCGUGAUCCCCCCCGGGCCGGCCUCCCAUCUCCUGGAUACGAAACCUUGGCAACCGGUGCCUGGAGGUUUGAAGAUGGUUGUGCGCCCUACAAAAGCAGCUAUUGGCUCAGAUGGAAGAGUCAUGCUCAAUGUUCUGAAAGCGAAUGACGAUUUAAAGAAAGUGUACAAUACUUUCCUGGAGGACAAACCACGCGCCAUGUCAGCAGUGAGCAAAACAAGAAUGGCAAGCAUGCCCCCACUCGACGAACAACGGCGCACGGAGACCAAAGCGUCCCGCGAAACAAAACCCCACCUAGACAUGCUAGAUAACCUCAUGUACGCCAAUGAGGAUAGGGAGCACAUUUGA